AGCUUUCUAGAAUAUAUACAAAUAUAUACCAGAAGGUGAUCUAAAUGACAUCACCAAAUAAUGGAGGAUACAGAACUCCAUCUGGAUACCUCUUGUCACAAAAGGAAGCUUCCAGUACUGGGAAUGGGUCACAUCUAAUUAAGUUGUUGGCCAAAGAUGUCCCAUGGGGAUCUUCAAACAACCCGGGUUGUCAGCAAGGCUGUAGGUUGCUUUCACAGACUGAUCACAAGGCGCUAUUGCUGUAGACAGCACCUACACCACUCACUGAACAAGAAGUCGAGCAUUCACCGUGCAUUGGAACCUCUUUGAUACAGGAAGAUAGAUACUCUGCACUCUGCCAAAGGAGAAAUGUAAAGACCAACCCAGCUACAACCCCUUUCUUUGAUCUGCAAUGGUGACACAGUAUGUAUAGUAACCAAUCAAUAUUUGAUUAGGUCCGGUCCAUACUGGUAGGGAACACAUAACAGAUACUGCUUGGGGAAGCAAACCAAGAACCUGAGACUAGCUAGCCCAGAGACUGAACACUACCGUUCUACUAACACAGCAGUAAAAGGACUCCUACUGCCACUACGCUCUACUCACACACAAGAUCAGUGGCAUGCUCGGCCAUGCAGAGGUUACCUCCUGCAGUAGCUGGGAACAAAUACGGAGUCUUUGUCAGACAACAUGCAGAGAGUGAGUGUCCUCGGAACACUCAGCCCGGAACAGGAUGUUUCCAUCAAACCCCUCCCCUCAAGGUCCAGGGAACCCAGAGGAAGAGGAGUUGAAGAAUACAUUUUAGAAAUUGACUUUUAAAGAUCUGGCCUUAGCUUUCAGGACAAAGCUCAAUUUAAAACAGCAAAAUACUCUAAUCCCAGGCAACGGCUGUCAGGUGAGCCCUGAGCAGUCUCCAUGAAGGUAACCAUAAGGUAAUCAAGAAGACUAGAGCUGUACCUGAAAGCUGUGUGCCCUGGCCAAACAUCCCCUUUCCCCUUAAACGUCCUUGAGGCUUCGGGUAGAUUUGUGUCUGCUAUAUCAAAAACUAAGGUGGUAGCACAUUUUCCCACCAAUGUGCAGGGUAGCCUCUCCAAGAGAUCUUGAGUUUAUUAUAGUAUCCUUUACACUGUUUUUUUUUUUUUUUUCUGGUGCUGGUUUUCAGUCCUCCUGCCCCAACUUUGUGGGGGAAUUUACCCACCCUGAUUUUAGAGGGAGUCAUCUUACCUCAAAUAUUCAUGGCAUUUCAAGACCCAUAAUCCAGAAUCCACUGGGCUGUCACCCUCCUCUUAGAGAUCGUCUCCUCUAACUUCUGUAUUUUAAUUAAUUGCUCUGUGUGUGUGUGUGUGUGUGUGUGUGUGUGUGUGUGUGUGUGUGUGUGUGUGUGUGUGUUAUAUGCAGGUGCCUGUGCCCAUGUGUAGAGGUCAGAAGAGGGUAUCAAGUAACUUGCACUAAAAAACUUCAACUUAUUUCUUUGAAACAGUCUCUCAUUGGAUCUGGAGCUAGGCUAGUGACUACCAAGUCCUAGCAAUCCUCCUGUCUCUGCCAUCUCGCAGUGCUGAGAUUACAUCUACACUGACCACACCUAUCUUUUUAUGUGGCUUCUAGGCACUGAACUCAGAUCUUCAUGCCUGCCGAUUGAGCACUCUUAUCUGCUGAGCCCUCUCUCCAGCCUCUACUCUGAUUGCUGUUUGGAUGCAGUACUUGAUUUGUGUUGCUUAAGAGACUUCAGCUUACACUGUGUUUCUCUACUAAACCUUUUCUUCCAAGAAAGCAAGAGGAUGGAGAGAGAUGCUGCAUUUACUCAGAAAAAGGCUGAGAGGGCAUGCCUACGAGUCCACCUCAGAGACAAAUACAGGCUUCCGAAGAGUGAAAUGGACGAGACACAAAUCCAGCUGGCUGGGGACGAUGUGGAUUUGCCCGAGGAUCUCCGAAAGAUGGUAGACGAGGACCAGGAUGAGGAAGAGGAGAAGGAUUCUAUCCUGGGGCAGUUGCAGAACCUCCAGAACAUGGACUUGGAUACCAUUAAAGAGAAGGCACAAGCCACCUUCACAGAAAUCAAGCAGUCAGCCGAACAGAAGUGUUCUGUGAUGUGAGUGAGGGGGUGGCAGGCUAGGUGGAAGGAGAGAGGCAGGCUGCCCGCAGGAAGUCAGGGCUCCUGCGGGUGGGGAUGAGCAGCAUGCAGUAUAACUUAGCACAUGUAUUUAGGGAAGCCAUGAUGAUGAAGCUGUCCACCAUGAUGUAGACAGUUUGGUCAAUCUCGAUGCCCCGGGCAAAGCACUGAUCAGCCUUCACAGCACGGAUCCUGUUUCCCUUUAGCCACGAGUAACUAAGAAAUAUCAGCCAUAAAUUAUGGCGUGGGGCCAUCGGGUUAAAGAUCUUUAGGACAGCCAGGAGGCACCAAACAAAAGCAAGUGGCACUUCCAACUUUCUUCCUUAGCGAGCAAGGUCUCACGAUGUCCAACCAUCAGCAUGAUACCCAUUACCUACAGAGGAGAGGCUGCUCGCCUGGUUCUGAGACUAGGGUGACAGGGCAAUUAAAUAUAUCGCACUGCUUUUUUACUUCCAGCAUCCUCGAUAUCCAUGAGUUGUUUUUUUUUUUUUUUUAAAGAAAAAAUUGACUCUCAGACACUGCGUGAGUCAUUUUGCAUUUCUGUGACCAAAUAUCUGACAUAAGUAUGGUAAAUGGAAGAAAGACGAGUACAUGAGUUGUGGGUCAUUUUAUCAGAGAUAAAAAAGAAAUUGAGUUGA